UGGUAAAGAGUUUUUCAGUUCAGUUCAAGUAAGCCGAUCAAUCGUAGUUAUUUCGUGAAGUAGUUCUAAUUUCCAAACAGUGAGCAGCACUAGUAUUUGCGUGUCUAUUACCGAAUAGUAUUUAUUAUUGCCAGUAUGAAUUACUCUACCUCUCGGAAUGGGUCCAACACUUGCAUGACGGUUGUGCCUUUCAAAGGAGGUCGCUAUGCAGGCGAUUAUCGACCAAGAAGACGCAUCAUACCAAAAAGGGUCUGGACCCUGCCAGUCUGGGCGCGUGCGGUCGAAAAUCCAGAGCAGAGGAAAAGCGUUACCGCUGACGGGAAGGAAAACUGCGCGAACAAGCAAUCGCCUUCCGGAAAUACACUGGAAGACGAUUUGGAGCGGCUGAUUGCCGCCGAAGGAGACACCAGAGGAAAACAUUUGGCAAUUGGCGAGAGAAAAAAGAUAAACGACAUGAUCAUGGCCACGAUUCGAGAUUCCGACGGUUAUGUAGACAGUUUGCUCGGAAAAGAUAUCGAUGCGCUCGAGAAGCAAUGCAGACCGCCACCACAGAAGUCGUACAAUGCCAACGAUUUCACUCAGUGUAAGUCAGUUCGGGAGAGUAUUAAUAAGAAGAUAACACAUUCUGCUCCAGAGAAAAAUAAAAAAUACAGUAAGAGUGUAUUUGUUGCCCCGAAUGGGGAAUAUAUCCUUUAUGAAGAUUCGGAAUAUGGUGAUUAUAUUCCCGAAAUUGACGAAAGAGGUGCGGCAGCAAAUCUGUUGAACACGGAAGGUGAAAAGCUUCAACACCUGCUCGAAACAGCGGAUAAUCGGAUUGAUGAAGACAUGUUCUCCCCAGAUAAGUGCGGGGAUAUGUCCACUUCGACCGAAAACUGUGAGCUGACGGAUGUGUCGCCAGAGACUGGAGAGCAAUCUGUGGUUUUGCCACCCCAUGCUUUAUCGCACUCGGAGGUCGACAGGUCAGCAGAUAAGCCCGAAAAAUCAACAUCGGUUGAUGGGAAAGCUUCAUUUAUUUGUUACAAUCCGGCGGAAAUCUUUAGGCAUAAGAUUUUCAAUCCCGCGCAACCCCCACUAGCAAGCUAUCCAGCGGGUUGUUCAUACGGAUUCAACGCCUAUGAGGAAAACCCACAUAUCGACAGUACCGCAUCGUCCUGUGAUGGAAUGGGCAGUUUGGAAACGGACAACCAGAAGCUUAGACAAGCCGUUAGUGUUGCAGAAGAAGAGGCGAGGAUUGCUCAUGAGCGGUGGGCCGAGCUCACGAAACAAAUUGAGGAGGCAGAAGAGGAACUGCAGAUCAAACGGGCCUCCGCUUUGGCAGUUAUGAAUAAGCUGGCGAAACAGAUUAGGGACAGGGAGUCCAUCCUGGAAAAGCAGAUGCGCUUGAUCGAACGCUUGGAAGGGAUGAUAUCGGAAAAGGACAAGGAACUCGAACGAUUGAAAAAAGAUUGCAACGAGCAGACACCCCCGAACAUGGUUCCCUCCGAACAAGUUCGCAGCGAAAUUUAUCAACGGGUGAUGGAGCUCUAUGCGAAAAACGUCAAACUAGCGAUGGUAAACGACGAUGUGAAGAGUUCCGCGGAACAGAAAGAUAAGCUUCAGGCAGAAUUGGACUCAUGUCACUCGGACCUAGAGGAAGUCGCAACAGGAGGCUUUGCAAUGGAUGCGCAAUGAUCCGCUUUUGAUUGAACCGAAGUUUCGCCUCAAAGUUUGUCUUGAGAUGGAUCAAUUAGUCAAAUGUUGUUUCGUUUCGUCAUAAAUAAGUGAUACAUUUUCGUCCAUAAUAAAAUAUAACAGUUUUUGAAGACGAACCUCUGAUU